GCCUAAAUUUGUUUAGAUUUGCUUAAAUUUGCCUAGAUUUGCCUAAAAUGUAAUAGAUUGCUGAUCUUCUCAACCAGGAAACUUGAAUCGAUCACUUAGAGUUGAGUCGUGCGUGCCUCGCGGUAUAUUUGUCCAUCCAGAGAACAUGCUCCGCAGGAUCCUGUAUCUACUACCAAUGCUGCCUACCCAACUCUCCAUAGACACUAACCAGCGUCGUAAUGCUGCUAAUAGAAUAUCUGUCUCUUGUGAUUCGAGUGCACCACCGACAACAACUCGCUUCGGCCAAACCAGGUCUGACCUUGCUAACACAUUGAAUGCACAGUAUUCGUAUACCAGAAUGCCGAGACGCCUAUUAUCACUUUCUUUUUAACCCCAUUGUAUAGAGCCUUGCUAUUCAAACACCCGGCACAUAUCAAGCCGCCUG